AAUUCACGAUGACUGUAAAGAUUUUUAGACGUGGCUCCGCACGUUGUAUUGGCUUGUUAUCGGCCUUUAUAACAAUUCUACUAUGCCUUUACUAUAUUUCUAUGGGACAGCCCUCGAACAUACAACCUAAGGAGCCCAUCGCUAGCUUGUUUGUUGGCAGUGGGGGUAGCGGUGCGUCAGCGGCAGGGCAAGUCAAUAAUCUAGUUGCUGAAAAUGGUGCCGACAAUACUGAGCCCCAACAACUACGAAUUUAUGGCAGUAAAAUAAGACACGGCAACAAUGAAGAUGAGAAUGCCCCACCAACGGCAUUGAGGCAACAUCAAUUGAUGGCAAAAUCUGCAGUCAAUGGACCAAGACAACAAAAUGCAGCCGGUGAUGAUGCAGUGGAUUAUGGUGCUGCUGCAGCAGCUGGUAGUAGUGGCGUUGAUGGUUCCUUUGGCAGUGGCAAUAUGUAUGUCAAUAAUCCUCAAUGGGGCGAUAAAUGUUAUAUUUUAGAGGAAAGCGAAACCAACAUAACAUCACAAGAUGAAUAUGCAAAAUUUGAUUUUCAGCCUGAAUGGGUUCGUACCAAAGAAUAUUGGGAUCGUGGCUUUGAAGAACGCUUCGAGGCCCAGAAAAAAGACAAACAAAGACCACCACUAAAGGUAAUUGUUGUCCCCCAUUCACACAAUGACCCGGGCUGGUUAAAGACCUUUCUCAAUUACUUCCAAAGUGAUUCGAGACAGAUUCUAAAUCUAAUGGUCACAAAAAUGCAAGAAUAUACCGAUAUGACUUUCAUAUGGUCUGAAAUAAGUUUCUUACAAUUGUGGUGGGAUCAAGCCCAUCCUACCAAACAGAGGGCACUGAAACGGCUAAUUAAUUCUGGAAGAUUUGAAAUUACAACUGGUGGUUGGGUUAUGACUGAUGAGGCUAAUGUCCAUCUCUAUGCCAUGUUAGAUCAACUGAUUGAGGGACACCAGUGGCUAAAAAAUAAUUUAAAUGUUACACCCACUGUAGGCUGGUCAAUUGACCCCUUUGGUCAUGGCAGUACUGUACCAUACCUACUUUCUGGUAGCAAUUUUGAGGGAGCUAUUAUACAGCGUAUCCAUUAUGCCUGGAAACAAUGGUUUGCUAGACAUCAAAAAGGAGAUUUUAUAUGGACACCAUACUGGAACACCCAUGGUGGUGGUGCAACAGAUAAGGAGCAACAACAACACCGCAAGGGAAGUUUGUUAACGCACAAUAUGCCAUUCGAUAUAUAUUCCAUAAAAGGUUCAUGCGGACCACAUCCUUUCAUCUGCUUAAAUUUUGAUUUCCGUAAAAUACCUGGUGAAUACACGGAAUAUUCAAUUAAGGCUCAGUUCAUUACUGACGAAAAUAUUGAGGAAAAAGCUCAGUUGUUAUUGGAACAGUACUCACGCACCGCUUCUUUGUUUCCGCAUAAUGUAGCUCUAAUCCCAGUAGGCGACGAUUUUCGUUAUAACAAAGAACGUGAAGUUGAUCAGCAAUACACAAAUUACAAAAAACUCAUCGAUCACAUCAUGGCCAAUAAGAGGCUAUAUAAUGUGGAUAUUUCGUUUGGCACGCCCAAGGACUAUUUCAAUGAAAUCAAAAAGAGAACAGCAGAGUUUCCCACAUUUAAGGGAGAUUUCUUCGUAUACUCUGACAUCUUUUCUGAAGGAAGACCAGCAUAUUGGUCGGGAUAUUUCACAACACGUCCAUCAUACAAAAUUUUGAGUGCUGAUUUGGAACAAAAUCUUCGUGCCGGAGAAAUAUUAUUUACCUUGGCAUAUAAUACAGCUCGUCAGAGGCAUCAUGAGAAUGCAAUAAAAAUAUUUGAAAAGAAUUAUGAGAAAAUGAUACAUGCCAGACGCAAUCUGGGUCUGUUCCAACAUCAUGACGCCAUAACAGGGACAUCAAAGGCAGCUGUUAUGCGCGACUAUGGUAUGCGUUUGUUUGAAAGUAUUCAGGAUGUUGUACGCAUGCAACAAUCUGCCAUUGAGCUGCUUAUACAAAACGGUACAGAGAGACACAAUUUCCUUCUAAGCGAAUUGGAGAGAGAUAACUUCAGUAAAUUGCCACGAAAGACUCCCAUACCAUUGGCUACAUCGUCUCCCAACAGUGAUUUCUCCAUUGAGUUUACAUCUUCUUCGGCGGAUGGCAAGUCCGCCAACUUUGUGAUAUUCAAUCCCUUGACCCAUAAGCGUAUAGAGGCACUUACAAUUAGAACUACCACACCGUAUGUGAAGAUUCUCAACGAUGCCGGCCAGGAAUUAAGAAGUGUACAAAUAAAUCCCGUUUGGAAUAUUAGCGAUCCCUAUGAACUGGGAAUGAAUAUGAUGGGUUCGUCCACCACGGCUCGUAUACGUAUUUCUAGGCGGCAGUAUGAGGUAAUGUUUAUAGCUGAAUUGGAUCCAUUGUCGUUAACUUCGUUCACGGUCGCAGUGGAUGAGGUUAAUGCCAAACGACUGAUGUCAACAAUCUAUUGUGAUGAGUGCACAGAUCAAAUGGAUGGAAGUACUACCGAGAGUCCAUUGUCGAAAGAGGAAUUUGUUGUAAAAUCUAAACCACCGGGCGAUAUCCAAUUGGAGAACAAUUUCAUGCGUUUAUUGUUUGACGAGAAGACUGGCUUUCUGAAGACAAACACCCGUAAAGGGGUUAAUCAGCAACUGCUAAAUCCAAUGCAAUGCGCCAUCAAAUUUGCUGCUUAUCGUAGUGCGCAAUUUCAUUCAGGGGCAUAUCUGUUCAAAACGGAUCCCGAACAAAGUGAGGCAGAGAAGGAUGUAUUGGACCAAUACGAAGAUAAACGUAUUAUAAUUACAUCGGGUUUGAUAGCCAGUGAUGUUACAGUUAUUUAUGGACCAUUCUUGGCACACACGGUUCGAAUUUUCAACACGAAAACCCACUUGGAUGCAGCAAUAUACAUUGAGAAUGACAUCGAUUUUGAACCACCACCCAAGAAUCGGGAAACUGAACUGUUUAUGCGUUUUAUAACUGACAUUGAUAAUAUAGCUCCAGUGAACAAGGAUACCUUAAAGGAUGGAGAUACAAUUCCGGAGUUGCCAGAGUUUUACACCGAUCAAAAUGGUUUCCAAUUUCAUAGACGUAUCAAGGUACCUUCGAUUGGUAUUGAGGGCAAUUACUUCCCCAUUACAACGGCUGCCUUUAUGCAAGAUGACAAAGUAAGAUUUUCAUUAUUGACUACUCAUGCCCAGGGUGCUGCCAGUUAUGAACCAGGUCAAUUGGAAGUAAUGCUCGAUCGAAGAACUCUGUACGAUGAUUACCGUGGCAUGGGUGAAGGUAUUGUUGAUAGCCGGUUGACGCGUCAUAAGUUCUGGGUUGUCAUAGAAGAUAUGCCUGUUGUAGCCAAACCCAAAAAGUAUCAAGUGCCCAGUUUGUUAACCAAUUAUUUGGCGAAUGGUUUACGCUACCCUCCCACCAUUUAUUUUGUGGAAAAUUUCGAAAACCCACCUCACUUGAAGAAUAAAGCUUUGCUCUUGGAUAAUGGCGCCCUGCCAUGUGACGUGCAUCUGAUUAAUUUCCGUACCUUGUCAGAGGAACAAUUACAGCUAUUCCCUUCGUCAUCAGCUUUAAUGAUUUUACAAAGGCAGGGUUUCGAUUGUUCGGUGAACAAUAAACAGGAUAUUGAUCUGCUUUCCAGCGUGUGUCCCUUUAAACAUCAAGGUCUUGGCCAUGUUAAUUUCAAUAAAUUGCAUUUAGAUUCUUUGGAAACCACCAGUUUAACUGGCAUAUUGCCAGUACAUAGACGUAAGAAAUUGAAGAACUUCAAUGACAUUACCAUAGAGCCAAUGGAGUUAUUAACAUUCAAUGUCACAUUUAAGACUUAGAAUUAAGCCGACUAUCCAAAAA